AUGGGAUCAUUUGCAAAGUUUGUAUCGGAUUACUGUAAAACUUGGGAAAGAUCCGGCAAGGAACAAUUCAUCAAACAUGUAACUCAAUUUGUCAAAGAUUCAGAAAGAAGUCCACUCUUUUCAAAAUCUGGUAAACUCUCUGGUUUAUCCCAGACUCUGUAUGACUUAUUGCUGUGUGGACUCAGGGGUAAUCUCAAGAAAGAUGCUGUGUUAUCUGUUCUCAGGGAUAUUAGUUUAUUGCAUGCAGAUAUACCAUCUAUAAUUCUAGAUGUUGUGUGUGUCCUUGAUGCUGAGACUUGUGCAGAUGUUCAGAAUGAAGAACGCACAAACUUUUGUUAUAUUGUACGAGAACUGGAAUCUUUCAUAUCUGACAAGCUGCUCAAGGAAAGGUUGGAAAUUGACACACUACAAGAUGUUGGCACAUUAAAGAACAAAAACUUUUAUACUAAAUUUAUUAAAAUAAAAACUAAGUUGUAUUAUAAACAACGUAAGUUCAACUUAUUUAGAGAAGAGAGUGAAGGGUAUGCUAAGUUGAUUGUAGAAUUAAACCAGGAAAUAAGUGAAAAUACAGAAUGGAAAACAUUAUUGGAAAUCAUUCAGUCACUGAUAGGUUGUUUCAACUUAGACCCCAAUAGAGCCUUGGAUAUAAUACUAGAAUCUUUUGAGGCACGACCACAUUUGGAUCAAUUAUUUAUUCCACUAAUAAAAAACUACAUGGGUGACCCUCAAGUAAUCUCAGAGGUCCUAGGUUUCAAGUUAGGAAACAUGGAAGUACUUGAUAAUUAUAAAGAACCACCCCCCAUAAUGACUGUGAUAGCUUUACUUUUACAACAUCAAGUUAUAUCCCUCGAUGACAUAUAUCCAUGGCUACGACCAGAUGAUACGAUAAUGGCCAAAGAAGCAGAAAAAGAACUAAAAGCUGUUCAGGAUUACAUUCGUAAAUUAAGUAUAGUGUCAACCAAAGGACCUCAAACAAAUGGUUCCACAGAAUUUGUUGAGGAAAAAGCUGACCCACAGGAGUACUGGAGUAAUCAAAAGCUGGUUCUAUGUGAAGCACUACUGAAGGUGACUGCAUGGCGCGAUUUUGCAGCCCUAUCGGCACGGUUACCUACUGCAGUCAUGCCUGUACGACCUGCAAAAGCUCUGUGUGGGAUGUUGCAUGCACUUGUCGAACCUCUAUAUAGAACCAAUUGCAGAGUAGCUCCAAAGAUCAUAGGCAAACCAAUCCCACCUCUGAAAUCAAGUUUAGCACCUAUGGCAUGCAAAACAUUUCAGGACAUGAAGGAAACUGUUAUUCCUGCUUUAAUAUUGCUAGGACCAUCAUUACACUAUGAUCCUAUAUUAAUGUACAAAAUAAUUCGAAUACUGAGGACAGCACGAUCUCAAAAAGAAGAUCCUUUGCAUCAUGAAACUCUGACAGUAUUAGACGCGGCCAUAUUGCCAGCUCUCACUUUGAUGGAUGGCAACUGUUGUAUGGCUGAGGAAGUAUAUACACUAUUAAAACUAUAUCCAUAUCAAUGCAGAUACUGCCUAUAUUCUCGAUGGAAAAACGAAGCUGCCGAACGAAUACCGUCGUUAAUGCGUGUGCGCGGUAAUUCCUUACAAAGAAUAAAGCACAUAAUGAAACGCGUUUCUAAGGAAAAUAUAAAACCACAAGGUCGCCUUAUAGGAAAAUUGUCGCACGCUGCACCUACCUUAAUAUUUGACUACAUGCUAUUACAAAUUCAAACAUACGAUAACUUGAUCGGGCCAGUUGUUGAAUCACUAAAGUAUUUGACCUCACUCUCGUUGGAUGUCCUUGGCUACUGUCUCCUCGAGGCCUUGUGCAGCGGACGAUCGAUUGGUGGAGCAGCGCAUCCGCCGUGGCUGCAGGCGCUUGCUGCUUUUGCGGGUGCUGCCUUUAAAAAACACAAUAUUGAGCUAACAGCGCUAUUACAGUUCGUAGCCAACAGACUUAAGGCGCAACAAAGCCAAGACUUGCUCAUUUUGAAGGAGAUUGUUCAAAAAAUGGCUGGCAUAGAAGCUGCCGAAGAAUUUACCAGUGAUCAAUUAGAUGCAAUGGCUGGAGGUGAACUUCUUAAAGGAGAGGCUGGUUACUUUUCUCAAGUGCGUAAUACGAAAAGAUCGUCGGCCAGAUUAAAAGAAGCCAUUGUCGGAAACAAUUUAGAUAUAGCUCUGUGUAUUCUAUCGGCACAACAACGCCACUGCUGCGUUUGGAAAGAAUACAAAGAAGAUUCUCCUAGUGGUGAGCCAGUAGGAUCUCAGCUAAAAGUGGUCGGCAGAUUGGGAGAUCAGUGUCAGGAUGCAUUGGUACAACUUGGAACUUUUCUAGCCUCAUCUCAUGCACCUGAUGAAUAUGCAGCCAGAUUGCCCAGCUUACAGGAAUUGUUGCGAGAUUAUCAUGUUGAUGCUGAUGUAGCAUUCUUCCUUCAUCGUCCUGUAUUAUCACAAAAGAUUGCUGCUAAAGUAGAAGCUUUGAGAAAAUCUUCGGAUAGCAAAUCAGAUUCAACUGAAAAGAGCAUCGAAAGAUAUACUUUGGCUGCAAAGGAAGCGUUAGAACCGGUAGUUCAGUCGGUUAUACCUAUAUUGCCAAGUAAAGUUUGGGAAGACAUUUCGCCCGAGUUUUAUGUCACCUUCUGGUCCUUAUCAAUGUACGAUCUUCGGGUGCCCGAAGAGAGUUAUGACAAAGAAAUCGAUCGUCUAAAACUAGCUGCAGCUAAUGCCACCAAGGACAGUUCACAAGGCACAAAAGGAAAAAAGGAACAGGAACGUUUUAAUGCUCUAAUAGACAAACUUCAGGAAGAGCGGCGGCGUCAGCAGGAACACGUGGGGCGCGUGCUGGCGCGGCUGCAGCGCGAGUGCAGCGGCUGGUUCCCGGCACGCGCCGCCAAGUCCGCCAAGAACGAGACCGUCACGCGCCUGAUGCAGCUGUGCCUGUUCCCGCGCACCGUAUUCACGGCCGCCGACGCCCUCUACUGCGCCCAGUUCGUGCACACAGUACACUCGCUGCGUACGCCUAACUUCUCUACGCUCUUGUGCUACGAUAGGUUAUUUUGCGACAUCACAUACUCGGUGAUGUCGUGCACGGAGGGCGAGGCGGCGCGCUACGGCGCCUUCCUGUGCAAGGUGCUGGGCACCGCCAUGCGCUGGCACGGCGACAAGGACGCCUUCCAUCGGGAGUGCGCGCACUAUCCAGGAUUUGUUACCAAGUAUAGAGUCUCCAACCAGUUUACGGAGGCUAACGACCACGUCGGAUAUGAGAAUUACAGACACGUCUGUCAUAAAUGGCAUUAUAAGAUUACAAAGGCUAUGGUGGUUUGCUUGGAUUCUGGUGAUUACGUACAAAUACGUAACGCUCUUAUUGUGCUUAUUAGAGUGAUGCCACACUUCCCUGUGCUGGCAAAACUGGCGCAAAUCAUCGAGCGAAAAAUAGAAAAAGUUAAAGAGGACGAAAAAAAUGUGAGGCAAGAUCUUUUCGUCCUCGCAACUGGUUAUAGCGGUCAGUUGCGAAACAAAGGUCCUAAUAUGAUGCGAGAAAGCGAUUUCCAUCAGGUGGGUGAUAAACACAAAGUGGCAAGUGCAGCUGCAGCCCCGGCCGUUAUUGUAAAAGAUGACUCUUCUGCUAACAAACAGGAACAAGAAUCAUCAUCGCCUCUACAAUCUGUUGAUGUGGACAAAAAAGAGUCGCGAAGCAGUGAGAGACGUCGAGAAGAUACCGAUCGCGAAAAGGAAUUAAAACGCGAAUCUCGAUCCUCUCUGAAAGAAAGAAGUAAGGAAGAAGUAAGGAGUAAAGAAAGAUCGCCAAGAGAACGAUCACAUCGGGAGGAACGUUACUUGGAAACAGUGUCCCCACCGCAUGAUCACCGCAGUUUAUCCGACGACAUAGACCGAGAUGCCAAGCGUCGUAAAGUAGAAAACAUCGGCAACGGCAAGGGUAGCAAAGAAAUAGAGGAACGUUCACCUGAGAAAGAGAAGAGAAAGGCUAAACAGAGAGGUGACGAGCGUAAAGAGCGUAAGAUGAAUCGUAAGAGGGAUAGAGCAGAAGAAUCUGCAAUCCUGGAGCAAAAGAGGCGCCGCGAUGAGCAGAAAGCAGUAAUUAAGAUUGGCAGUCAUCAAAAUGGAUCACAAGAAGAUCACCACUACGAAAAAUAUCAUAAACGGGAAAAAUCGCCUUUCAGAGACCGUUCACAUGAAGAAUCAAGAGACAAGCAUAGGCGCUCAAACGAAUCUAAGAUAAGAAGAUAG